AUGGCAAACACCACCGAGAUCACCAUCAAGAAAACUCUGAUCUUGAACAUCAGCGGCAAUCACAUCGAGGAACGAAUAACGGACAUCAUGAACGGGAUUCCAAUGGGCAGCAGCAGGGACCGCAAAACCCGGGACAAGCACCACCGGGACAGCGUCCUUCUCAGGGACCACAUAAACCAGGACAAGGACCUUCAGAACAGCGUCCUCUUCAAGGACCACAUAAACCAGGACAAGGGUCACAAGGAGAACGUCCUCCUCAGGGAUCGCAGAAUCCGGGGCAAGGACCGCAAGAACAACGUCCUCCUCAGGAUUCGCAGAACCCAGGACAAGGACCACCAGGACAGCAGCCUCAGGAUCUACAGAACUCUGGACAAAGUCCUCCUCAGGGACCACAGAAUCCAGGACAAGGACCACAGAAUCCAGGACAAGGAGAACGUCCUCCUCAGGGACCACAGAAACCGGGACAAGGACCACAUGGACAACGUCCUCCUCAAGGAUCACAGAACCCAGGACAAAGACCACAAGGGCAACGUCCUCCUCAAGGACCACAGAAUCCAGCACAAGAAUCACAAGGAGAACGUCCUGCUCAGGGACCACAGAACCCGGGACAAGGACCGCAAGGACAAAGUUCUCCUCAGGGACCACAGAACCCAGGGCAAGGAUCACAGCGACAACGUCCUUCUCAAGGACCACAGAAUCCAGGGCCAGGAUCACCGGAACAGCGUCCGCCUCAGAAACCACAGAACCCAGGACAAGGACCACAGGGACAACGUCCUCCUCAGCGACCACAGAAUCCGGGACAAGGACCGCAAGGACAAAGUUCUCCUCAGGGACCACAGAAACCAGGACAAGGACCACAAGGGCAUCGUCCUCCUCAGGAACCACAGAAUCCAGGACAAGAUAGCGAACCAGAACAGGGUGCCCCACCAACUGCUGGAUCAGAUCCAAGAGUUGUAAAUAUCAGCAUAAACAUCGUUCAAUAAAACCUGACAAAAGAAUGUUUGUGCCGGCACAGUACGGCAUCUUUUAUAACGAU